CGCAUCAGUACCUGGACUAGCGCGUGAACGUUAAAUGCCCUUGCCGCAUUCGUGAACGUGCAUCCAGUGUCUGCUAGCGCAAUCAAACGUGCACGUGCUGUUUAAAGGCACGGCGCUGUCAUCAGCUGAUCGAACCGAAGUAUUGCACCGGUGCAUGAGUGGAAGACUAUUCCGCGCUCGAGCUGCUCUGAUACUGGCCUAAACCUGCGCCACUGGUCUGAUCCUCAUCUCAUGCGUGCAUUGUGUUCUGCUCUCAUCUAGUUUCUUCUCGGAGAAACGUGCGCGUGCAUAACGUGGAUUUCUGCAUGCACGGUCUGUCAGAAGACUUUAGAGCAGACAAUGGCUGUUCCUCCGACAUAUGUAGACCUGGGCAAGUCUGCCCGCGACAUCUUCACCAAAGGAUAUGGUUUUGGUCUUAUCAAGUUGGACUUGAAAACCAGGUCAGAGAAUGGAUUGGAGUUCAAGAGCUCCGGCUCGGCUAACACGGAGACCAGCAAGGUAGCAGGAACGCUGGAGACCAAGUACAAGUGGGCAGAGCACGGCCUGACCUUCACUGAGAAGUGGAACACUGACAACACUCUGGGCACCGAGAUCACUCUGGAGGACCAGCUGGCUAAAGGGCUGAAGCUGACGUUUGAUUCCUCCUUCUCUCCGAACACUGGCAAGAAGAGCGGGAAGAUCAAGAGCGGUUUCCAGCGCGAGCACAUCAACCUGGGCUGUGACGUGGACUAUGACAUCAACGGCACCGCGGUGCACGGAGCCGUGGUCGUGGGCUUCGAGGGCUGGCUGGCCGGAUACCAGAUGACCUUCGAGGCUGGGAGGAACCGGGUCACUCAGAGCAACUUCGCUGUGGGCUACAAGUCUGACGAGUUCCAGCUCCACACAAACGUGAAUGAUGGAACAGAGUUCGGUGGCUCCAUUUACCAAAAAGUGAAUGAUAACCUGGAGACAGCGGUCAACCUGGCCUGGACCGCCGGCAACAGUAACACCCGCUUUGGCAUCGCGGCCAAGUAUCAGAUCGAUGCCGAUGCUUCCUUCUCAGCCAAAGUGAAUAACUCUAGCCUCGUGGGCCUGGGAUAUACUCAGACCUUGAAGCCUGGUAUUAAGCUGACCCUUUCUGCUCUUCUGGAUGGGAAGAACAUUAACGCAGGUGGCCACAAACUGGGUUUGGGUCUGGAGUUCGAGGCAUAGAAAGCUGAGGAUUGCUAUAAUCCUGACUUAAUUUUUCUUUCUUUUUUUUUUUUUUGAAUACCUAUCCUCACACACCUUGUUUCUCUUAGAUGCCCUGGUCAAGGAAGCGCACUAUACUCGGGUCAAAUAAUGCAUUAGUGAUGCUCACUUCUUCAGAGAGAGCAACAGUUGUGUAUUUAUUAGGUCACACAGAAUGAAAGAAGAGCAUUUGCAAAGUUAUAAAUGGCUUGAAAAAAAAAAAAGUAAUUUCACUACACUCAAUGUUAUUUAUUACAGUGUUGAUCAUGACAGAAUAUUUAAUUUUUGGCAAGGCGUUGGGUAGAAACGGAGACGUUUACAUCAGACAACACUAAUAUUAGGCCACAACAUUCCUGAUCCCAGCAAAGCUUGAAGGAAAGAACCCGUAUGUAACAGAUGACACUCGCAGCCCACCAUGUCUUUAGUUGUAGACACCAGAUUUUUGUAUGCGUUUCGUGUUUUUGUCUCGUCUGUGUGAGUGAAACCACAUGUGUAUCUUGUCCGUCAUUGUUUUCUCACUGCAUACUGCCUGUACCUUUGAUGGCAAAACUCUUUCAGCUCUCCCUGAACUAAAGGAGAUUGGAAACAAGCUUCUGAUUUAUUGGGGAGAGCAGAAAAGAUCUAAAUAGGUGGAUGUAGUCUUCCGUUUUUAAGUGUAGGAUUAGAAUACUGUGGAUUUAGCAGUAUGGGGACUUUUCUGUUGAAUAAAACAUUUCAACCUGGACCACA